ACGCGGCGUGUUUGCCGCGACCAGCUGGCACGCCGCACAGUACACUAUAGCAGCGCGCCGCGACCGGAACAGCUGCCGAGCGCGCCACAGCUCCGGACACACAGCGACGCCAGCCCGCCCCCACAGCCCACCACAGUGCGUUUGCGGUCGCUGAGGAGUAAGAGGCGCUACAUUUAACACCAGUGGAGAAAGGCGCCGCCGCGCACCGCAGCAGGAAGAGCCGCCAGUAGAGGGCGCACCGCGCAGCCGGCAGCACCACACACCACCAACAGCAGCACCCAGCAGGCGACGCCAUGGCGGGACCCGCCAAGGGACGAAAGCUGUCCGGCCUCAGCGGCUGCCUGUCAUGCCGGCAGGUGCUCAACAUCAUGGUGAUCCUGGGCUUCAUGUUCAACUACAUGCUGCGAGUCAACCUGACGAUCGCCAUCGUGGCCAUGGUGCUGCCCACCAACCACUCGCAGGCCGCAGCCGACAACGCCACGCUCGCCGCCUCGCCGUCUACCGCCCUGGAUAACGCCACUCUGGCUGAGGCGGCGGCGGAGGGCGGCGUGGAGCAGACGCGCUACGACUGGGACGAGUACUGGCAGAACAUGAUCAUCGGCUGCUUCUUCUGGGGCUACGUGUGCACCGAGUUCCCCGGCGGCCGGCUGGCCGAGCUGAUCGGCGGCCGGCGCGUCUUCGGCACCUCCAUGCUGGUCGGCUCCGUGCUCACGCUGCUGACGCCGCUGUCCGCGCGCCUCGGCAUCGCCGUCGUCAUCCUGCUGCGCGUCGUGCUGGGGCUCUCGCUGGGAGUGACGUGGCCGUCCAUUCACCCCAUGGUGGCCAAGUGGAUUCCACCUAUGGAGCGCAGCAAGUUCAUCGCCAACACCAUGGCGUCGGCGCUGGGCGCGGCCAUCACGAUGCCGGUGUGCGGGCUGCUGAUCGCCUCCUUUGGCUGGGAGUCGGUCUUCUACUCUACUGGCCUGGUGGGCACCGUCUGGAGCAUCGCCUGGUUCUUCCUCAUCUACGACUCGCCCGCCCAGCACCCGCGCAUCUCGUACGAGGAGCGCGAGUACAUCGAGAAGGCGAUCGGCUCCACCACCAAGAAGGGCAAGGCGCUGCCGCUGCCGUGGCGGCAUGUGCUGACGUCAGGCCCCGUUUGGGCCAUCAUCAUCGCGCACGCCUGCAGCAUUUUCGGCUACUUCACCGUCAUCAACCAGCUGCCCACCUACAUGAAGUACAUUCUCGACUUCAAGAUCAAAGAGAACGGGCUGCUGUCCAGCUUGCCGUACCUGGGCAAGUACCUGUUCGCCGUCGCCAUGAGCGCGCUCGCGGACCAUCUGCGCCAAUCGGGCCGCCUCAGCACCACGGUGGCGCGCAAGCUCUUCACCACCAUCGCACUGGUGAUGCCGGCAAUAGCAAUGGCAGUGCAGCUGCUGCUGGGUGAGCAGCGCGCGGCCGCCGUCGCCUGCUUCACCAUCGCACUCACAUUCAACGGCGCCGUCACCGCUGGAUACCUGGGCAACGGGCUCGACAUCGCUCCCAACUUCUCAGGAACCAUCUUCGGUAUGGCCCAGACCCUGUCUUCUUUCACGGGUUUCUUGUCAUCAGCCAUGGUGGGAUCUCUGACACAAGGCAAUCAAACGUUCGGCCAGUGGCAGAAGGUGUUUGGGAUCCUAGUGGGAACAUACACAGCAGGAGCACUGGCCUAUCUGGUGCUAGGAUCUGGAGAGCUCCAGCACUGGAACAACCCACCAGGCAGUACUGCAACCGCUAAUGGCAAGGACCUUGCUGAGGAAGGGGACGCUGAGGAGGAGGCAACACCACUGCGAAAGCUCUAAGCACAACAAAUCUGCCAUAUCUGUAGCCCAAAGGCAACAAGACUACAAUCGCAGUAUCUCAGAAUUGUGUAUUUUGCCUGCUUGGUACAAUUAGUGACAUUAAAGAGCUAAGAUACUCACUCAGUUCACAUACCAACCAACAGACUGCUCUGAAAACAAUGAAGUUGUGAAUUGUGAAUCCUGCAAAUUUUGUUCAUCCAGGUUUUGACACAGACAAAUCUACUAUGAACAAUGGGCUUUAUUAAUGUGUGUUUAAUCCCUUUCAAGAAAAAGUUAUCCUUCGUAAAUUGGAUAUUUCUGUUCUCAGAAGCAUGAUAUACGUGCCACCAUAUUUUAUAUUAUGAAUGUCAAGUUUUGCAAACUUAAUUACGUUAUUGAAUAUUUGUUUCCAAGGCACCUCUUGGAUUUUAACCUAGGGUGAUAGAGAUACAGAUCAUGAAUCAUAGUGAAGGAAGCAAACAACCUUGGAAUGGAGUGUGGAAGUAGCAGGAGCCAUGUGGUUAGACUGCAUAUGAGUGAGAACGAGGGGCAAGGUAGAAUAUUUUAAUCAUUCAUUUGAAAGACAUUUAAUUUUCAUGAUGUCAUCCUAUUCAAAUUCUGACUCCAGCUGCUUAUUGUAUCUAAUGCAGAAGCAGUUUAUAAACUGAAUUGAGCAAAAUGUUACACAUUUAUUUGAAUUUUGAAUCUUGCUUAAAGUCAAACAUGAUUCACACAAGUAAAUCUUACUCAAUGAGCAGCUGACAGGCCACUUAUACAACAGGGGGAAAACUUUUCACUUUUGAACAAACACAAUCAAAUCUCAUGUGACUACUCAACAACUGGUCAUACCUUUAAGUGUGAUUUUGAUAACAGCUGAGACAAAUAGCUGUUAUUCAGUUAGUGAACACACUCAUCAGAGUCAGCUGUUAUAUGUACAUGUAUACCGUAGGUCUUAGCGACAGUGUAAAAUGGUUUAUAUUGGAGAUGUAUUCAGUAGUGUGGUCAUACAGAUCACUAAUUCUUGUGGAAUUCAUAUUACUUAUCACAUAUGUUUCAUUAUACGUGGACUGCACUUUCUGUACUGGCACAUUUCAAAGUUUAAUAUUCGUAAUUCUCCAUUGACACUUAUAUCAGUUGUAAUUCUGCACAUUUAACCCAUGUGCAAACAGUGCAUUCCAUUUAUUUACAAAUUUCUGUCAGUUAUUCCUCUUACUAUUCCAUUUAUUUCUGACUAAAGCCAUGAGUUUGUGAUGACUAAAAUGCAAUAUCUUACAUGAUGAAAUCCAGACAAACACGUAUGAAUACUCACUGCCACUUUAGCAAAGAUUUUUUAUUUUUAGUCCUUCCAUUGCUCUGAAUAAUAGACAGAAUGGAAGUCACAGUGUAAAGUUAAAUAAACUGUAGCUACUAAUCAGAGAGAGAAAUACAUUAUUGAAAAAUGUUUGUUUUAAUAACUGCCAAAAUGAGGGCUUAUGAGAUUCUUUUCCCUCUUUAGGUUGUGAGCAAGUAUCUAUUUCCUAUCUACUUACACAAGUUAUAAUUGUCUUUAUUAUAAGUGAGGAUCACAUAUCUCCUGUCUGCAUUGUGAUACUUAAUAAUUCCGUUUGCUUAAUUUCUAUUGUGGUUUUGUGAAACUUAAUUUUUUUUAAAAUUUUGUUUCUUCUUACUGUAACUUUUUAGCAGCAAGCCAUGUAAAUGAACUACAGCAACUCAGUAUGAUGCUAUAAGCAGUGUUAUGUUACAUUAAGGCUCGUGAUGUGAGUUCACGUUAACAAUGGGAGUCAUAUUAAUGUUGUAUCCAACUGUUGUUAGUAUUGUAUUUCUGUACGUAAUUUGUGAUAUAUUGCUUGUGAAUGAAGAUAUUUGAGAGAGAUAUAUGCAAGUUCAUCUUAGGCUUUCUCAUACUCUGUUACAGAAAGAGAUACUGAAUGAGUAAAAACAUUUGCCAUUGUGAUUCCGUUUCACAGCUGCACCAUCCAUGUCUUUACUUUUUGUGUAUACUCAGUUUUGUAAGGUAUGUUAUUAGUUAUAAAUUUAUGCAUACAUUCCACGAUCUGACAUGUGUAAAUAAUAAAUACAUGGUGUGUUAUAUA